CUUCCGGUAUAGUUGUUUUCAUUCACAACCACGAAACUGUGACCAAUAAAACUGUAGCAGCACACGAUAGACGACAGACAAGACAAAAUAAUAUAUAGAACUUUUUAUUCUUCAUGUACACUUCACCAGAAACUUCACAAUGGCGUCGAAUCAAAGAACGCCUCGAGAUCUUCGUCAGAUGGUUAAUGAAAGCAGUCAAGACAUCCAAGAAAUUCAAGACAGUCUUGCAAAGCUCAGAGCUUUAAAAGAGGACGACAAGACAGAGGCUGCAAUGCUGCGAUCAAGAAUUGAUGAGCAAUCUCGACUUAUUAUGAUUUUAAAACACCGUGCAGAUGAAGAGCUUCUUCGUGCACAGGCUCUAGAUAAAGUUAACAAAGAAUUGACAGAACUCAAGGAGCAUUCUGAUGAUGUGUUAAAAAAUGAAAUGCGGAAAUACAACAUUUUGGACUCUCGUUUUGGCAAUCUAGCAUCAAACCAUGAGGAGAUGAUAAAAAUUAAAAAUGAAUAUAAAAGAGUAAAUCAGGAAUUACGAGAAGAAAAUGCAAGAUUGAAAAAUGAAAAUUCUCGCAUGUUUUCUAAAGUAGUUCAAGAUAAAGAUGCAAAGAUACAAGAAUUGGAAAAUAAAUUUGCCAUCAUGAAAGAGCAAAAUGGUAGUUUGGAGAUAAAGUUACGACAGUUGCAGCAGGAAUAUAGAGACCGGGAAGAAACUUUGAAGCAGCAGCUGCAGAAGGUCACAGAGAAAGCCGGUGCACAGAUCAAAGAUUUACAACACCAUUUGCAAGAUUCUGAGGAGCGACUUAAAGGAGCAAACCACAAGCUGCAAGUACAACAGGAGUCACGGGCAUACCUAGAGCAAGAGCUGCAGUCAAAGGUUGGAACACUGACCAAGGAGAGGGAUGAGCUGCUAGAGCUAUCCAUGCAGCGUGGCAAACUUAUCCAGAAGGAGCAAGCAGAAAAUAAGAGACUCACGAAGAAGGUAGAAGAAGCUGAAAAACUCGUGAAAUCAAUGCAAAUUAAAUUUGAUUGUGAAGCUGCUGCAGUAAAUGCUAACCUUCAGGUUCAAAAGCUGAAGGAAGAGCUUACUGAAACCGAAGCAAAGUAUGCAGAUAUGCAAAAGGAAUUUGCUGCCUUCAAAAAACAUUCUGGUGAACUGUUGAGGCAAGAAAAAGAACUUAAUGAAAGACUUAGACACAUAAUUGGUUGAGAUCCCCAAAAGCCUUGCAUUAAGAACAUAAUUUUUACCACUUUUAACUGUUUGAGGUUUCAAAGUGCUUGGCUGAUCUUAAAAUAUGACAAUGAAGUAAUGUUUUAGUACUGCUUUCUAGUACUGAAGUUCCUUUUUUGUGAUCCAAACAGUGGCUUAAUAUAGGGUAGGCCCUGUAUAAUCAGCAUUAAAGAACUCAUCAUUCGUGUAUUGUAAAAUAAAAGCUUUUUCUUUACAAAAAAGCAGUUUCCAAUGUACAAAGUAUCCCUGUACAAUAUUAGAAUUACGUGGUUGCCAAUAUUUACAACCAUUUUGACUCCAAUGCAUAUUUUUUAAUGCCAAUUUCACAUUUUGAUAAAAUAACUCUGUUCUGUAAAUUUCAGCUUUGUACACGCAUUUCUAAAAUUACUGAUUGUGAAAGUUUUCUUUUUGACACCUGCAUUUAACAUGUGCAGAAUCUGUCUAUGGCAAGUAACAGGUAUCAAUAAGAAUUAUUUGUGUAGUCUAGGAACCUUUGGCUUGUUGCUAAAUUAAUAUAGCACCUGUCAGCAAAAAUGUCCAUGUUCUACCAAUAUUUUGAGACAACGAGCAGUUUUUUCCCCCUGGCUGUGCACAUACCAGAGGUACAGUAGAUUUAAGUGGUCAGAGAUAGUGCUUUUAAUAAAGAAGCAAAUAAUCUC